GAGACCGCUACCGGCAAGUCCUCCCCACGGAGCAGGUCCCCAGAACAGAUGAAGAUAAAAUGGAGGAUGGCUGUUCUCAGAAACUGGCCUCUGAAAAAUACUUCAGACCCUUAUUGCUAAUACUAAUUCCAUGCAUCUGUACUCUUAUACUUUUGUUUGUGAUUCUUCUUUCAUUUGUGGGUGUGUUGGGGAAAAAAUGUGUUCAUUCAAAUGGAAGUGACUUACUUGGCACGGAUGUUGUUUUUCCUAACAUGACUAAAAGUGAUCCAGUUGUGGUUCCUUCAAUGGACAAUAAAAUGGAGCCACCCUCUUGGACGACAAACCCAUCUUUUCACGUCAACCAGAUGCACACGAACAUUAGUAUACUUAGGGGAGCCUCUCAGGUUGUCUCUCAGACUCCAGCAGUGAAAUCUAAUAUGACAGAUGAAAGGAUUUUGACCAAAGCUCCUCACAAAAAGUGGUCAUCAGCAGAGGGGGCAGCAGAAGAGCUGUGGUCCACCGACUCACCUGUCAAAGUCAUAGGCAGGGCAUCUUCUGUCCCUACAGUGAAACCUACGAAACCAUCUGUUGUGCAAGACAUGGGCUUGAAAAAAAGUUUAUGCAUAAACAUCAGCUACAGCCAGUGUGAAAUGCUGCCAUAUAACCAGACUACUCUAACAUCAGUUCUUUCCAUUGUCAGAAGCAUUGAAAUGGAAAAAUUUCUCAAGUUCUUUGGUUAUCUCAACCGCCUUGGCUGUUAUCAACACAUUAUGCUGUUCGGAUGUAGCCUUGCUCUUCCUGAGUGCGUCAGUAAUGGUGACAACAGUCAUGGACUUCUGCCUUGUAGAUCGUUUUGUGAAGCUGCAAAGAAAGGAUGUGAACCAGUCCUUGCAAUGGUCAAUUCUUCUUGGCCAGAGUUCCUUGCCUGUUCCCAGUUCCAUAACAAAACUAAAAACAACAAUGCCACCAACGUCUGCUUCUCCCCACAAGGAGAGAAAUGGAAAGGAUUGCUUUGCGAAGAAGAUGAGAGCUUCUUGUGCAGAAGCGGGAUUUGCAUCCCAAGGAUUCUGCAGUGCAAUGGCUUUAAUGAUUGUGAUGACUGGAGUGAUGAAACGCAUUGCAAUUGCAGUGAAGAGGCAUUCCGCUGCCACACUGGGAGGUGCCUCAAUUAUACCUUUGUUUGUGAUGGUUAUGAUGACUGUGGAGAUCUUAGUGAUGAGCAGAACUGCGAUUGUAACCCAGUUACUCAGCAUUGGUGUGGAGAUGGGAGAUGCAUAACGAUGGAUUGGGUCUGUGAUGGUGAUCCUGACUGCCUAGACAAAUCAGAUGAAGUCAACUGUUCAUGCCACAGCCAGGGACUGGUGGAAUGCAAAAAUGGACAGUGUGUUCCUAGUGCUUUCCAGUGCGAUGGAGACAAUGACUGCAAGGAUGGAAGUGAUGAAGAGAACUGCAAUGGAAAUCAAACACUAUGUGAUGAAGGAGAUCAGAGAUGUAAUUCAACUUCCUGUCCUGAUUCCUGUGGCCAUUCUCCUCUCUGUGACAUGAGUAACAGACAAGCAAAUUGCAGUCAAUGUGAACGUAUUACCCUGGAAUUAUGCAUGAACCUGCCUUACAAUUAUACUCAUUACCCUAACUACUUAGGCCAUUGGACGCAGAAGGAAGCCUCUAUCAGCUGGGAGUCAUCUCUCUUCCCAGCCUUGGUUCAGACUAACUGUUACAAAUACUUGAUGUUUUUUGCCUGUACCAUCUUGGUGCCAAAAUGUGAUCUUCAAACAAAUCAACGUAUCCCACCGUGCAGGAUACUUUGUGAGCAGUCCAAGGAACGUUGUGAGUCUAUUCUUGGAAUUGUGGGUUUACAGUGGCCAGAGGAUACUGACUGUGCUCAUUUCCCAGAAGAAAAUUCAGACAACCAAACUUGUCUGAUGCCUGAUGACAAUGUAGAAGAGUGCUCACCCAGCCACUUCAAAUGUCGUUCUGGAAGAUGUAUCUUGGCCUCCAGAAGAUGUGAUGGGCAGGCAGAUUGUGAAGAUGAUAGUGAUGAAGAGAACUGUGGUUGCAAAGAAAGAGGUCUUUGGGAAUGCCCAUCAAACAAACUGUGCAUUCAACAUGCAAUGAUAUGUGAUGGUUUUCCAGACUGUCUUGACAACGUGGAUGAAACCAAUUGCUCAUUUUGCAAGAAGGAUGAAAUUACAUGUGCAAACCAUGACUGCGUACCCCGUAAAUGGUGGUGUGAUGGGCGAGCGGAUUGUGCUGACAAAUCAGAUGAAUGGAGCUGUGUGUCCCUGUCUAAAAACAGCAGCUCCUUGAUGUUCCUGACUGUAUAUAGGUCAGCUACCAAUUAUUAUGUAUGUGCUGAUGAAUGGGAAGAAAAUUUAAGCCACUUGGCAUGCAAACAGAUGGGUUUCGGUGGACCAGCUGUGACAGACCUUGUUCCAGUGUAUGAGCUUCCACAACAUGAAAAAUGGUUGAAUCUACAUCCUCAUUGGGAGAACAGAAAUAUGUCCACAUUGCAUGCUCUUUUAGUAGCAGGGUUACCAUGUAAAAGCAAGAAUGUGAUUUCUCUUCUCUGUGCCAAAGAAGAUUGUGGCCGUCGCCCUGCAGCUCGCAUGAGCAAGAGGAUCCUCGGUGGCAGGACCAGUCGCUCAGGGCGUUGGCCAUGGCAGUGCUCCCUCCAGAGCGAGCCCAGCGGGCAUAUCUGUGGCUGUGUUCUCAUAGCAAAGAAAUGGGUCUUAACGGUGGCACACUGCUUUGAAGGGAGGGAAAAUCCCAAGGUGUGGAAAGUAGUUUUUGGCAUCAACAAUUUGGAUCAUCCUUCAGACUUCAUGCAAAGCCGCCUGGUGAAAGCUAUUAUUCUGCAUCCUCGUUACAACCGUGCUGUGGUGGAUUAUGAUAUCAGCAUUGUGGAACUCAGUGAAGACAUCAAUGAGACAAGCUAUGUCAGACCAGUUUGCCUUCCCACCAGGGAGCAGCUAGUUAAGCCAAAUACCUACUGCUACAUCACUGGCUGGGGACACAUGGGCAACAAAAUGCCCUUCAAACUUCAGGAAGGAGAAGUGCGGAUUAUUUCCCUGGACCAAUGUCAGUCCUACUUUGACAUGAAGACCAUCACAGUCAGGAUGUUAUGUGCAGGCUAUGAGUCUGGAACUGUGGAUUCUUGCAUGGGUGACAGUGGAGGACCUCUUGUGUGUGAGCAACCUGCUGGACGCUGGACAUUGUUUGGUUUGACUUCUUGGGGCUCUGUCUGUUUUUCCAAAGUUUUGGGUCCUGGAGUUUAUAGUAACGUGUCUCACUUCGUUGAAUGGAUUGAAAGAGAAAUCUACCUGCACACAUUUUUGAUUCGUUGAUUCUUCAGGGUAGAAUUGUUGCACUGACUGACCAAAAGCAAUGUCUAAGGGCACUGAGACAAUGAAAAUGUUGAAGAUGCUGAAGACAUCUGAUGAAUUGUCAGUUUUGCAGGUUGCAGAUGAUAAGCAAUAGGGCAGGGUCAAAGAAUGUGUAAAUCUUUUGGUGCCAAAGGUGCUUUUGAAUAACAAUCAAGUAUUUUAUAGUUAUAUCUGCCUUGUUGUUCCUGUAGCAGUUCUGUACCCCACCUUUCACCUCUCAUUCAUAAGAAUCAACCAAUUUCUAAUGUUAUAUGAUAUGUUUCAGAUACAAGAUUAAGGCCACUGCAGAAGUAUUAUUUUUCUAAAACAAAGAGGAGAAAAAACAUUGCUAACAACCAAACAGCACUUUUAAAAAGGCCGUGGUGCCUUGUCUCCCAGUCCAUCUGAUUUUCAUGUGUUGGACCCCUGUGUUCCCUCACUUUAACAGAAUGGGAUGUUUCAGCACAAUUAAGUUGGACAUCUGUUUGGAUACAGCUGUAUUGUUAAAAUCAAUUAUUUCUCAUUCUCUUCCCCAUGCUCAGUCUCCCUCCCCAGCCGUAGAAUCAGUGCAGAACAAGCCUAUUACUGGAGCUAUAUAAAAUAUAUUGUUUAAAAAUAAGGAUCGGUAUAAAUAAGUAAUACAGACGUUAACUUAAGAAUAGCCACUACGGUUGGAUCAAAUAGUCUUUAGGUCAUUUAAGAGCUAAAUGUAAUAAUACUUUAAUAAUAACAUUGAUAAGGUAACCUGAUCUGUGACCACUCAAACCUCUAAAAGUUAGUUCGAAUAGAGUUUCAAGGGCAGUACUUGAGAAGGUAAUGCAAAAGAUCUCCACCUCACUGCUCCUGCACACAUGUUGCAAUUCAUGAGCAACAGAAUGAUUAGGAAUGCCAUACUUGAUACCUUGGAGGCAUCUCCUGUGAUAACAAAAGGUCACCUGCUGCUAUUUCUCCCUAUUUCUCAAGGUGUAGCAAGUUGUUUCUACUAACAUUGCAAUUUUUUU